GAAUUUUAAAAGUUUAUAAGCAAUUUGUGUGUCCACAAAAGUCUCUAUGUUGUAAUCAGUGCUGCCAACUUUUUAUCCAGAUAAACAUAUCUAGCUGGAAAUAGCCAAAAGCCAGGAUUAUAAUUGAGGAAGGACUUCCCCUUAAUUUAAUUGCAAUAGGCAAAACCUAAUCAAAUUUAAAAAAGAAACAUGUCACAGGGCGGAGGCACACCAGCAGCUGGCCAACCAACCAUAUUGCAAGGCGGCAAGGUGUUCAUACAGCGUGAUUAUAGUGACGGCACCUCCGUUAAGUUUCACACAAGGCUACCCGCAGAAUUGGAAGGCAUGAUUGAACGUCAUGUGUUUGAGGCCACCAUCAAUAGGCUUAAUGAGUUUUAUGCCGAGGCAGAGGAGGGCUCCUGUGGCACGUACUGCGAAGGCUGCAUAGGCUGUAUAACGGCUUAUUUGAUAUACAUGUGUUCCGAGACGCACUACGAAAAGACGUUGCGAAAAAUUUCCAAAUUCGUGGCUUCCCAAAACGAACGCAUUUACAAUCCCAAGGGACUGCAGCUUAUCGAUCCAACAUUUCGCGGCUUGCGCGUCAUAGAGAUUACCAUAUUUGAUCGUCCAGGGAGAACGUGACUUUCACUUUCGCAUUCCGCAAAUGAGUUUUUUAUGUGAAACGACAGCGAUAUGAACUUAAUAAUGCUUCGAAACGAUAUAUCAGCUGCAAUUCAAAGCCAUUGAGUAUGCCAGUCAUCGACGGCUUAAGGAUUCCAUUCGAAGCUUGUGCGCUGACGCAUCCAGUGGGGCAAAUGAAUUAGUCAUAGGGCACUGUAACACUGUUACAGUUGCAGUCAUAAGUAUAUUUAUAACAUUAGUGCGUUAGUUAGUGCGAGUAUUUAUGUCUACGCGUUGAUAGUUGCCUAGCUCUAAGUUGAAAGCAAACUGAAACUGCAUUUUAAGCUAACAAAAUAUAUAUAAUAUUAACAAAAACAUGCAUACAUAGCUUGCAAAUACAUUUUCAAAUUAUAACUAACAUUUUUGUACAACCGAUUGCCAAAUGGUUUACUGUUUUGAGCUUGUCUUGAUGAUAAGAAUAAAGUUGCAUCGUUACAGAUUUAAAUAUAAAGACUUUGAUGUAUGAUAUGAGGAUGAUAUGAUAUUCAAGGUUUGUUUUCCAUAAGCAUAACAAAAGU